UGUGUCUUAAAUUUUUAAGACACGAUAACAGUAGCUUUGCUGCACCGGAACAAAAACCACCGUUGCAUCCUCGUAGUCGACCCCGUCCCCGCCCCGCCCUCAACACGGAAUCCACAGGUGAUUAUGAUAAUAAAUCUCCAACAAGAAAUGAAACAUGUGGGACAACGGCCAGCGGUAUAUUUGGCAGCUGCUGGCAUGGUUUUCCACCAGGUUUGACAGUUGACGGACUGUGUCAAUUUCGACGCAGACCACCCGGUUAUUUGAAGCCACAAGAUAAUUUAAAACCUGAGGGUGAAUCAAUAAGAAAAUAUCGCAGUGAAUAUAAACGUUGUUUUCAAGGAUUUCAACCACUUAGUACUGGACCAACAACAAAUGGUGAAAUAACAACGGAACAACCAAAGGUUAAGGAGAUAUCACCAACACGGUACCGUUAUCGACCAUUAGAUUCAUUCCGUCUGGAAUAUCAGGAUCAAGAGACCGCAUUAUUACCACCACAAGUACCACGAUCUACAGCUCGUGGACAAAUUCAAACACAUUUAAAAUCGUCAAUAAUUGAAGGACAAAGUACAACAAGCAACGGUUUGUCACACCAUCAAAUGCCACCAGUUAUCGCAGAAUCUGAACAGCAUGAAAAGUUUAAACGUUAUGAGGGCAUUCAUCGUCCACAACUUGCUAGAAGAGCGUCAAGUAUACCAAGGGAGAAGACACAAUUAGCAGAUAAAAGUUCUGAAGUGCAUGCAAAAUAUGUACAUCAUGCUGAUGUUAAACGCGCCAAUUUGGUCCGACGACCAACUAGUUUGAGUAUGGAAGGUGAAUUGUUAACAAAAACAGAGAAAGCCGAUAAAUUUAUUAAAUUUUUAUUAUCGAAACGUCCUGGUUUAGUAAAAAAACCAACAACAUUAAAAUUAGAAGGUGAUAUGAACAUAAAUACAGAAGCAAGAGAGAAAUUUUUACCAUUAGAUAUAACGAAACGUCCACCAUUAGCUAAAAAAGAAACAAAUUUACAUUUAGAAGGUGAUAUCAUAAUGGAGCCAGAAUAUAAAAAGAAAUUUACCAAAUUUGACGUACAAGAACGUCCAACAUUAGCGAAACGUGAUACAAAUUUACGUUUGGAAGGUGAAUUAGAAUUAGAUCCUGAAUAUCGGGAAGUAUAUGUGGAAUUUCCAAUUGAGCGUGUAACACCAUCAAAACCGGUACCAAAUUUAAAACCUGAGGGUGAAUUAAUUGUAAAUGGAUCUGAAACUACAUCGAAGUUUAUAGAACAUUCAUUAGAAAAUUUGAAACCUGUGAAACUAAUUAGACAUUCAACAAAUUUACAAUUGGAGGGUACACAAGAAUUUAAUCCUGACUAUCGAGAUAGUUAUAAAUCACAUGAUUUACACAAUUUACGCUCAGAAAUUAUAAAACAACCAACCAAUUUAAAUUUACAAGGUAAUAUUGAAUUUAAACCAGACUAUCGUGAAAGUUAUGUUGUACAUAAUUUAGAGAAUUUACGAUGUGAUUAUGUUCGUAAUAAACCAAAUUUAAAUUUAGAAGGUGUACAUGAAUUUAGUCCUGGAUACAGGGAAACGUACACAACACAUAAACUUGAGAAAACAGAAAUGAAACGACCGGAAGAUAAUCUAAAAUCACCUGAAGGUAAAUUAGAAUUAAUAAGUGAGAGUAGUGAAAAAUUCAAAGAGCACGAACGUGUCAAACGUCCGGACAUGAUUAAAGAAGUUGACAACAUAUUGUUGGAGGGGAAAAUUGAUAUGAAUCCGGAAUAUAAAAAUGCAUUUAUUGAUUUUCCACGAUCAAGACCAGUUGUUAAGAAACCUGUCCCAGAAAUGACAAAACCAAUUGAUGAUAUUAUCAAAAAGAAAAGAAUUAAAGGUGAAGGAGUUCAUGCACAGAAUGGUGUUGCUACAUUAAAAACAGAGGGAAAACUCGAAACUUCACCCGAAUAUAAGAGUUCGUUUGUUGAUUUUCCUAGAGAACGACCCGUUGUUGUAAAACCGGAACCAAGCUUGAAAGCAGCAGGGGAGAUUGGUGAAGUUGAGAAACAAAGUCCAACAAAACGAAUUUCACCGACAAAACGAGUAUCACAAAUAAAACUCACAGAAGAAUCAGAACCACGAUUUGAAUGCCAACCAGAAUAUCGACGUGCUUAUAUCGAUUAUAUAAAACGUGAACAAAUUGAACGAAUCAGACCACCAAUGGAUAAUCUAUCGUGUAAAGAAAAUAUUGUUCCUGGUAUCCAUCGUAAAGUUGGCGAAAAACAAGACAAAGCCUUUGAGGUAUUAUGUACUAAAGGUACAGGUUCAGAAGAAAAACGGCUUGGCCCCGUUAAACUUAAAGUUAACGAUGAAAUAAUCAUGAAUGGAGAUAUACCCAGAUCACCAAAACGUUCAAUUUUAAAACCGUUGCAAGAUCGUUCACCAUCACCAGGUUAUCGAGUGCAAAUUCAAACUGAUGAACAUAAAGUAGGGUUUAGAAUACGUCGAAGGCGAUCACAAGACAUUCGUCCAACGCCAGGUCGACAUCAAAAUAACGUUUGUAAAGUGUCUUCAAUUAGUUCCGAUCGUAAUAGAAGAUUUAUUUCACCAUCAACAACUUCAACAUCGCCUGUCCGCCGAAAACGUUGGAAUGGCGGUAACCGUGUAUCUCGAAAAGAUUCUGCCCGUAAGGCUUUCGUAGUGCUUUCUGAUAGUGAAAAUGCUAAAGUUGAGAGUCAAAAUAACAAUGAUGAGAAUCUUGAAGAUCAAACAAUGAAGAAAAUUGUGAAACGUGCUAGUAGUACUCAUGGAGUACCAAAAGAAGAGCGCGCAAACUGGAUGCCACCGUGGUACGAUGCGCCCAUAUGAAACGAGACCUUCUUCCAUGUAUUAACAUGGAAGUUCCAAGCUGCUGACAAAGGUUUCCCGUUCGAUGAACAAAAAAAUAAAUAGACUACUAAAAAAUUUAAAACAGUUUAGGUACCUCUAGAUCGUUUUUAUUUUUAAUAAUUCUUAUGCUCAAAUUUGAGAACAUUCAGUUAAACAAGUGAUUUGAGCAUAAAAACUGAACUGAAAGUGCUUGUGUAAAAAAAAUUGAUUUUGCUUUUAUUGAUUAAAACACAUAUCUA